GCGGCGGCGUCCGGCGGCCUGGAGGUCGCCACUCUGGCCGCUCUGGCUCGCCUGGCGUUGGGAGGGCGGCGAGGCUGCGCCCACAUGAGCCAGUGGCACGGCGGCCGCGGCGGCCGGGGCCGGGGCCGGGGCCGGGGCCGGGGCUUCUCCGGCCGCGCCGCGCCCAGGAAGAAGGUGGGAAACCACAUCCCGGAAAGGUGGAAAGAUUAUCUCCCAGUUGGACAGCGGAUGCCUGGGACCCGUUUCAUCGCUUUCAAAGUUCCUUUGCAAAAGAAAUACGAAGCUAAGCUUAUGCCAGAAGAAUGCUUUUCUCCUUUGGAUCUUUUUAAUAAAAUUGAAGAACAAAAUGAAGAACUCGGAUUGAUAAUUGAUUUAACAUAUACUCAGCGCUAUUAUAAAGCAGAGGAUUUGCCAGAAACUAUUUCUUACAUGAAAAUUCUUACAGUUGGCCACCAGGUACCCAACAACAACACUAUUUCUAAGUUCAAAUGUGCAGUUAAAGAGUUUUUAAAGAAAAAUAAAGAUAAUGACAAACUUAUUGGCGUCCACUGCACCCAUGGCUUAAACAGGACUGGUUACCUCAUUUGCAGAUAUUUGAUUGAUGUAGAAGGCAUGAGGCCAGAUGAUGCAAUUGAAUUAUUCAACAGGUGCCGGGGGCACUGCAUGGAAAGGCAGAAUUACAUUGAAAACCUGCAGAAUCGCCACGUCAGAAAGACCCGCAACGUUAGUACAUCUAAGUCCGGCGGUCCUGAAGACUCAGCACAUCUUAAGGGCCAAGUCCACAGUGCCAACAAGCCUGUGAGCCAAGGACCACGGAGCAACCAGCCUGCUGGCCGUCCACCGCCGCCCCGGCACUUUCCUACCCAGACCCACAAUCCCCAGCAGUCAUUCAGAAAAUUUUCACAAAACCAGAGUGUUUACCAGAGAGGCCUCAUCCCUCCUCCUGGUCCGGCUGGAGAGGACUAUUCACAGAGAAGAUUCAUCUGGAACCUGAAGCCAAAUGGCAGCCAAGCAACCCAGAAUAAGAAGUGGACUUCUGGUAGCUACCAGAGACCUUUCUACCCAGCACACUGGGGAUGGGCCCAAUGAGGCCCACCUGGCUUGGCUGUUACAGGGGCCAUCUGAGAUCAGAGCCAAACAGAAGACAGCUGGAUGACUUUUAAUUAAAUCAGGUCAAAGGAAUUAAAAUUUUUAAAACAUUUUUUUAAA